GCAUGAACUACCCAUUUUGACGUGGUGACUUGCAUUUUAAGAGAGUGACUCCCUUCUGCACUGAAACGAUUGAGAAAAACUAGUGUGGCUUACAUGUGUUCUUUCCAAAUUCACAUUUUAUAGUCAUCUUUAGGUACAUAAAAAUGUAAUCCGUCUUUUUUUUUUUUUUUUUACUAAAUUCCAAGAAAAAAAUGCACCUGGAUGGAUGAAUAGCUUUGUAACUUGAAAAAAAUACAAAUUUUUAAAGUUUUCAUUAUUAGAUGUAUUUAAAUUAUUUUUUCAGAAUGUGGAUGAAUAGAUUUAGUUUUAGAAGUUUUAUGGCGUGUUUGGAUCCUUAAACACGCACGUGCCUCACAGAACCUGCAUGUAUGAGCUCUUCCUGUCCCGCGCGCUGCAUCUCUCUUCCUCCCUGGAAGUCGCCCGUGGACGGGGAGGGCACUGCUCUCCUCCUUCACCUCCUCCUCCUCCCGAGAGCUGCCUCUGAGGAGGUGGGGUCUAUUUACAGUGGUAGUGGGCGAGUAAACGUGUACGUGCGAAACGUGUCCACUGCCAAGGACGACUGCCGUUCCCCAACGACGUACAUUUUUGGGAAAAGCGCGAACUCUUUCCUCAUAAAAAGCCACCCCCCCUGCUGCGGGCUUAUCCACCCACCACCUCUAUUUCUAUCAGCGUUUCCGCUCCGCACAUCUAGUGAUAAUAAAAGUCUGCUCGAUCCGCCGCCCACCGUCAACAUCGCAGACAGGCGGAGCCGGGGCUCUGUGAUGAGGAGGUCGCUCUGCUGCAGGGAUUUGCGUAACAUUGCCAUAAGAGGGUUCGAGUCGAGAGAAGCGCUUUCAGAAUCGCUCUUCGGUUAGUCCGUUCACCACUGAGGCUGUGCGAGGAAACAAACCCCCAUUAGAGAAGAAUAAGACGGAUAGAGGGGCGGACUGGGAGAGUGCUGAAUAUCCAUGAGCUCCGAUUUUCCACACUACAGUUUCAGGAUGCCAAAUAUAGGGUUCCAAAACCUUCCCCUUAAUAUCUACAUCGUGGUGUUUGGGACAGCCAUCUUCGUCUUCAUCCUCAGCCUCCUCUUCUGCUGCUACCUAAUAAGGUUACGGCACCAGGCGCACAAAGAGCUAUAUGCAUACAAACAAGUCAUCCAGAAAGAAAAGGUGAAAGAGCUAAAUUUGCAUGAGAUAUGUGCAGUAUGCUUGGAGGAGUUCAAACAAAAAGAUGAGCUGGGGAUUUGCCCGUGCAAACAUGCCUUUCAUAGGAAGUGCCUCAUCAAGUGGCUGGAGGUUAGGAAAGUGUGCCCGCUGUGCAACAUGCCCGUCCUCCAACUGGCCCAGCAGGCCGGCAGCACGGAGCCCCCCGCUCCUGUCCCGCAGCCUUUGCCCGGAGUGGAGAACCUGGUGUAGCAGAACUGAAACGGUACAUGAACAUCCAUCACACGCCCUCACACCCGUGAGGGUGCGGACAGAAGAAGUCGCUUCACACAAAUGUACAAAAACAAACAGUGCUUCUGCAGCCUUCAUCUUCAUCAUCCUCACCGCCCGUCUUUGCAUUCAGUCACGAGAGGAUUUUCUUCACAGCAGCUCCGGUCGACAAUGAACUGUUUCUCUCAAAGUGGACAAUGAGGACAAAGCUGAUGCCGAGGAGCUUUCAUUUGUGUUUUUGUCACAACCAAAGCACUUUUCUGGGGACACCAGCGAAAGGAGGAAGAAAACACAGAAGCCAAGAACUUUAAUACACUAAAAUAUCUAUUUUCUUUUUGUUUUUUUAACAAGCACUUUAUCAAACCUUAAUUGCUUGUGGAUCUUAGUCCCAAGGUAAUGUUAUAUAUUUUAUUCAUAACUUUUUUUGUGUAAAUAACAAAUCCUAGUGUUUUUGGUUUGAAUUGAUGACUUAUAAACUAAUAUCUCAAAGGGACAGGAGGAACUCUGCUGGAGAAGGGUUUGCACACAAACAUGAAGUUACAUUCAAAACAGCCAACAAACGUUUUGACUGACUUAAUGUGAAUAUUUGGAGAAACGAUGGUAACACAAAGACAUGGACAGCUAAGCUCUGCCACUCCAGGAGUUCCUUAAGACUAAAACAAAAAAAUCAAAGUUUCUGCUGCCAAUAAUAAUAAACAGGUAUCUGUGAGUGCAGCUGAACGCUCUGAGUUUAAUAGAAACUUCCAAGUGAUGCACAUUUGCAGAUGAUGCAUUGAUGUGCUGCUGCAUCGUUUGAAUGGUUGAAGGUUACAGUGACUGGCUUUAAAGCUCAGAAACUACCAUUUUUUAGAGAAACUCUGAAAGUACCAUCACAUAUCUCUCAGCAAAGCUGAACAAACUCCUUCUCUACAACUGCACACUUUUUUGCUUCCAUUUAAUUUUUUUUUUUUAUUGGUACUGUUGUAUCAGGAGAACAAGUUUAUGGUUCGGCACCUGCACCACAUCCACUGCCUUCAGCAGAACCACUAGCCCAGCUUUUGGUUGUCAGCGACACUGCCAGAGUCGGGUGGUCAGCAGGUUGCAGUGGAACAGCAGUUUCAUUCAUGCAGGCUCGCAGAUGGGACAGUUUAGCCUUUGGGCUGCAGCGUUCUGGUGCUUUCGUCUCUGCCUCUUUCUGUGCGGUACAGGGUGCUUUUGUUUAGUGCUACACUGACUCUGAGCUCUGCUUUUGUUUGGGCGCUUUAAGGAAAAUUGGCGGUUUCGAAAAGCUUUUUCUGCACAGACUCUUGAGUGACAUCGGAGGGGAAACAGUCGUCUGUAGCCGUACGGUACCAAGAUGUGGCAAUGAAGGAUUUUUUUUUUUCUUUUUAUGAGAAUGAAUGUUUGUGGUGACAUCCCAGUUUUUCAAGAGAUUUUCACUACUGACCAUUAAAAAUAGAUUAAAUUAUUCUGAUCAACCAAGUAUUAUUAGGUCAUACCAACAUAAGUUUACAGUUAUAAAUUUAAACGUCAUCCUCAUGCUGGAAGAGUUUAGGAUGAAUUCUCCUCACACAGUAAAAGGUUUUCUCAAAAUUAUGGAAUUCAGGAUUAAUGCAUCAGAUGGCAUUAACUACAAAUAUUUAAAGGUUUUUUUUUCUGUGCUUUAAAAAGUUUGUGAUGGAAGAAAUACUAAGAAAAAUAAUUAUGAGAAUUAACACACAAAAAAAACUAAACCAUCAAUGCAGUAAUGCACAUUUUUAGCAUACCUCUACAACACAUCUGAUUGUAGCUUUACCUGCACUCAUUUGUAUGUUCUUUCUUUUUUUCUCAGCACUGUUACAAAGAGAGCAGCAUCUUUAAAAAAAAAAAAAAAAAAAAAGUUACGCUGCCUUUCGCCUCAGCAAAAUGUUGUUUCUUUACUCAUGUUGCGUUUCUGUCCUCAAACAGCAGAGGAGACGGUUUCUGAGGAGCUUUCUGGGAAAAUCAUGUAAAAAUAAGAGGUUUUUAUGACUUUAUGCAGAGUAUGCCCUCACGUAUAAAUGUAAAUUACAAAAGAAAGUACUUGUAAAAAUCGCUGGGGGCCUAAAAACCUAAAAAGAGCUUUCCCACAUUAGCUUUGAACCGUAGUUUUGGUGCGACAAAACUAAAAGAAAAAACUGUUCUUUUAAAGAAUUUUUACUGCUCAAAGUGCAGAAAUAUUCCUCUAUCUUAUAAUACCCCAGACAAGUCUUAUCAAAGCUUUGUUUGCGUUAGAUUUGUCACUGAAUGUAUGUUUUGUGAGAAAGAAGCAGAGAUUUAAUGUGAAAGCAUGGUUACUUUGCCACUUGCAUUGUUACAUGUCGGCCCGUGGUAGUUGUGUAUUAAAGUGCUCAAAAACAGCUCUUUGUAACGUAGUCAGCAGCUGACACCUUCCUGCCAUUUCUGCUUAUAUCAUUUUUAUUAUGUUUUUACCUGGGCUUCCUGAUUUGCCUCGUCUGUACCUCGCCGAGCCCUUUUGAAGUGCCAACUUAAACCCUCUCAAAUGUAAGAAUACAUUUGUAUGUCUCACUUGUGUUCUAAAGAGGGAGUCUUUGUGAAGUACCCUCCCAAAACCCAGGACUGAAUCCGUCAUGAAUACAUUAAUGUCUUCCCACAGCUGAAAUCAUCAUUGACGUCAGUGUUAAAAAUAGUCGCUCAGUCAGUCAGGAGGAGCGCGGUCUCGCAAUGACAAAGCCAGAGAUUUUUACCCAAUCAGAAGGUGUGAGCGACGCUCUCCGAGGUGUUUGUGUGAUGGUCGACGGCCCAGGAACACCUCUCCCAAAUUAGGAUAAAAAUAGACUCAAGUGUUCAUUUUCUCUUGCAGUUGAGUUUGAUCCUAUCUUCCAUGAUUUCUUUUUUUCUUGAACUGAACCUUACUUCCUUCCGUGUGUUUGGUGGUAUUUAUUCCUAGGUAGCUUAUAAAAACUCACGAAUAACGUCCCCACGCUCUGUCCAGACACCCCUCUUCCUUUCUUUUUUAUUUUUUUUAACACUGAUUGUUUGUGAACCUUCACAGACAUUGUAAAACUAAGAAUUCUGCAGCAGAAUAUUUUUGAACACAGUUUGCUGUACAGUAUUUGUAAACUCUAUUUUUGUAUAUUGCUAUUUUGAAGAAAAUAAUAUGCAUUUUCUUUUCUUGUUUUUUGCUAAUUUUGUGUUUCUUCAUUUAAAAAGAAAAUGUUGCAUGUGACUGACUUGAACUGUAAAUAAAAAAAAAA